GGAGGUGGCCGCCCCGGGGCUCCCGGCAGCCCGGGAAGCGGCCCCAGUUCCCCACAGGCGCUGGGAGGUCGAACUCCGGCCACGCAGGGGUUGAGCAGAGCCGCUCCGCCACCCCGCGACUCCUGCUUCUGGCGCCUCCGGGAGCCGGUGGCCCCGGGCCGCCCCCGCCGAGAUGGAGAUUCCAUGUGAUGACAUAGAUGAAAUGUUCAGCAAUUUACUUGGGGAGAUGGAUAUGCUAACCCAGAGUUUAGGAGUGGAGACGGUACAACCUCCAUCCCCCAAAGUGUCCAACAAUGAAUUUAGCUUUACAGUUGGCUUUAAAGAUUUAAGUGAAUCCCUAAAUGCCCUGGAGGACAAAGACUUGGAUGCUUUAAUGGCUGAUCUUGUAGCAGACAUAAAUGAUGUUGAACAGAGAACUUUACAAGCCCAGAAAAGUUCUGGCAACCGGCAAAGUACAGUCACUCAGCCUUCAAGAGGCUUGGAUAGUGACAUUUAUUCUAAAGCAAGUCCUUAUGUUACCAUUACCAGACCACUUGUGGAUGACUUGCCUGCUGCACCUCCAGACCCUGAUUCAGGCCUUCCACCACCACCACCACCACCUCCUCCUGAGCCACUCACCCAGGAAGAGCAAGAGGCACGGGCUAAAGCUGAGAAGAUUAGACUUGCAUUGGAGAAACUGAAGGAAGCAAAAAUUAAAAAGCUUGUUGUCAAGGUGCACAUGUACGAUAACAGCACAAAGUCACUGAUGGUGGACGAGCGUCAGGUGGCACGGGAUGUUAUAAACAAUCUCUGUGAGAAAACUCAUUGCAACUGCAGUGUUGACUGGUGCCUGUAUGAAAUGUAUCCAGAACUGCAAAUUGAAAGGUUUUUUGAAGACCAUGAAAAUGUUGUUAAAGUUUUAUCAGACUGGACACGAGACACUGAGAAUAAGAUUCUGUUUUUGGAAAAAAGUGAAAAAUAUGCUUUAUUUAAAAAUCCUCAGAAUUUUUACCUGGCAAGCAAAGGGAAGAAUGAAAGCAAAGAAAUGAAUGAGAAAAACAAAGAGGCUUUACUGGAGGAAAGCUUCUGUGGGACAUCUGUCAUUGUGCCAGAGCUUGAAGGGGCUCUUUAUUUAAAAGAAGAUGGAAAAAAGUCCUGGAAGAGACGUUAUUUUCUUCUCCGAGCUUCUGGAAUUUAUUAUGUUCCCAAGGGAAAAACCAAGACAUCACGGGAUCUGGCAUGCUUCAUUCAGUUUGAGAACAUUAAUGUUUAUUAUGGCUACCAACACAAAGUGAAAUACAAGGCACCUACAGAUCACUGCUUCGUCUUAAAGCAUCCCCAGAUUCAAAAGGAGUCACAAUAUAUCAAGUACUUAUGCUGUGAUAAUCAAGCAACCCUGCAUCAGUGGGUAACUGGAAUAAGAAUUGCCAAGUAUGGCAAAACACUGUAUGAUAAUUACAAAUGUGCAGUGAAGAAUGCUGGCUUGUCUUCUCGGUGGACAAAUCAAGAGACAGUGGAACCAGCUGCACUUGCAGGAUCCUUAUCAGCAGGUGCUGUUCAGUCAAAUGGACAGGUUCCUCAAAUUAUUUGUCAUUCCAGUGCAGAAUUUUCAGAAACUCAGAAGAAAGUGGAUACAUCAGAGGCUAAGUCAAAUAAUGUCAGUACACCUGGUCUGGCACAGCCAGUGAUGAGGCCACAGAAAUACCAGACUAAGAAGAACUCACUGCUGCCCCCUCCUCCACCUGCAAGGCGGUCAUCUGCUAUUUCUGUUUCACCAAUUCUGCCCCCCAAAGUCAAACGAGACAGUGCCAUCUUCCUAUCGGAUCCAGAGAGCUUUCCAGCACCGCCACCUACAAUGAAGAUGGAUUUUCCACCCCCUCCACCACCAUCAGAUUUAUGUGAACCUCCUCCAGAUUUUGUGCCUCCACCACCAUCACCAGCCCCCAGCAGUGGUAAUGGAGACCUUCCAUUACCUCCUCCUCCUCCUCCUCCCCCUGUCUUCAGUAAGCCACCACCUCCAUCAAAGAAACCUGUGCUGCUUCAUUCAAAAAGGCCUGAAAACACAGAACAGCCUGGAGAGCCAGCUGGGGCUGGAGGCAAGCAAGCAGAUUUCAUGUCUGACCUCAUGAGAGCUCUUGAGAAGAAAAGGGGCAGCAGCUCCUGACCUUGGGGAGCAGGUGGACUUCAAGCUACAGCUGGUUUUGUGAGAUAUCAUGGAAGGUUGUGCUAGAUCAGGCUCCUUCUGGAGGAAUUCUCCUUCAGAGUUCCUUCUGGAGGGUCUCAAAAGUAAGGUGGGGUACCCUCUGUCACUAUAACCUGCUCCUUUCCCUCCCACCUUGCCCCCUCACUAUUAACUCCCAUUCCAGCAUCAGGCUGAGGUUAGAAUUUGCUGCCUAGCUCCACUCUGUCAGGAUAGACAAGGAUGGUGAAGCAGCACAUGCAGAGCCAGUCCACAACUGAUAUGCAUCUUCUGUGGCUGCCUCUCUAGUUAAAUCAGAGUGAAAAUAAAAAUACAGCAGUGUUCUCAUGUCAAUUUUGAGAAGUGGGAAGAUCCCUUUCAUCAAAUUUCCCUUAAAGUUUCUUUAUCAGAAACCCCCCUAUUGUGGGGUUUUCUUCAAUAGAAAGACACAUUUUUUUCCCCAAAAAUAGCCUAAUCUUGAAAGUAAAAGCUCAGUUAGAUAAUUCUGAGAUGUAAGGCAGGAUUAGGACCAUUUCCAGACAGCAUCAUCACAAAAGUUAUACACAACUACUUCCACAGGCAACUGCAGUCACACCUGUCAGCACUCACCAUUGCUGCCCUAAACUCUCAUUUAUUUGGCUAAUCUUAGAUGAAGAAAAAUUUUUAUUUCAAAAUCCCUUGGGAUUUUUUUUCCAGUUGGCUAACAGUUGUCUUCAAACUGUACCUAGAAAUAGACUGUGUUCUGAAAAACUUUGUUAUUAUCUUGUACCUGAUAUGAAUGUCUCCUCCUACAUUUUUUUUUCAUUUGUUCUCCCACUUUAAUUCUCCAUUGUUCAUUUAGGCAGCAUUCAUUAUUAGCUCUCAAAUAAAAUUACCUUCUAUCUGUCCAAAGUGUCAUCGUUAAUGAACAGGCAUUUUACUGGCAAUUGGUACCAUUUCAAAUAUUUUUAAAGAGUUUUUGCUUAUACCUUCUAGUCUUUAUUUUUAUUUCUUUCAGUCUUUGCCUCUUCUUUUGCACAUGAUCUUCUAAGAUAUAAGUAAUACAU